AUGGAUGCUCUAGAUAUUUCCGUCUUAAAGGAGGCGUUGGUGGUGUUCGCAAUCACAAGAACCCCGUUCCAAGGUGUUUCCAUGUCGACGACAUGGAAAAAAGCCGAACUCGCUGCGGCGAAAUCUGAGGACCGUAGGAAAGAGAAGAUGAAGAAAUUCCAGCCUCCAGUUGAAAAACCAAGAGAUAAACACACACCGAAACGAGAGGGUGAUAUUGUGGACGUUGAGAAAUUCAAGAAGAAGAUAAAGAAGCUCAAGUACAGAGUGGACGUUUUCUGCAUUACCGUCUUCAAACGGACCUCUAAACAGGAGUUCUCCAUUUCACCAUCUGCUCUUCACUUUCUAGCUCGACAUGGAUUUGAUUUCAAAAAGUUAAUUGUUGAAGGCGUGACGUAUUGCAAUCAGACGGAGUUGGGGAAAUUGCGAGAUAAAAUUCUAAGCGGCGACUACGAUUUUGAUCUAUUUGAGCACGGUCUAAGCGAGCGAAUGCGAACACUCAGAGGACAAAUUGUGUGCGAAAUGUUUAACGAAAGUGAUAUUCUUCCAUUUGAGUAUUCCAACGAUACCAAUUGCCAGAAGCGUCCCAUAAUCAUCGAAUUGUUUCGAAACGGCGAUAAGGAUUAUGCAUUUAAAAAAUACUUGUGGGAUCGACCCUUGAACUCAUUAGAGGAAGUGGUAAUGACCUUUGCUUUAUCAGAAGAAUUUCCUGCUUUGGAAUUUCACAUUGACGAGGAACGAACUCUGGUAAGCUUCUUCGAAUAG